AUGGAUGGAGCCAACGUUCUCUGUCAGGCUUUCAAACAGCAGGGUAUUGAGUACAUGUUUGGAGUGGUUGGUUUUCCGGUGAUCGAGGUGGGAAUGGCCGCACAGGCACAUGGAAUCAAGUACAUUGGAUGCAGAAAUGAGCAGGCUGCAUGUUAUGCGGCUCAAGCGAUGGGCUACUUGACUGGCCGGCCAGCUGUUUGCCUCGUCGUCUCCGGUCCGGGAAUCCUUCAUGCCAUUGGCGGGCUUGCGAAUGCUACGAUCAAUUGCUGGCCAGUGAUUUGCGUCGGUGGCUCAUCAGACGUCGAUCAAGAGGGACGGGGAGCAUUCCAGGAAUGGCCUCAACAAGAAGCGUCACGAACCGCAUGCAAAUUGGUUAGCCGACCGACCACCGUCGAGGCGAUUCCGCUUCACGUGGAAAAGGCUGUGCGCACUUGUAUGUACGGUCGACCGGGUGCAGUUUACCUUGAUCUUCCCGGAAAUCUCGUCCUCACCUCCGUCGAUGAGAGCUCAAUUCCAACUCCAGCGAAAGUUGUGCUUCCUCCACCCGUUUCAGUUCCUCCACCCCCAAUCACUUUGAUGGCUUUGGAUGUAUUGAAGAACGCUAAAAAGCCGCUUGUUAUCGUUGGAAAGGGAGCUGCUUGGUCAGAGCGGGGUCCAACUGCUGUUCAUCGUUUUCUCACGCGAACCCAGUUGCCUUGGUUGGUGACACCCGGCGGGAAAGGGGUGAUCCCUGACGAGAUGGAGAGAUGCGUGGGCCCGGCUCGUUCUCAUGCACUCAAAGAAGCUGAUGUGAUCUUUCUGAUCGGCGCUCGUCUCAACUGGAUUCUACACUUUGGCUUACCGCCUCGUUUCAACAAAGAUGUGAAGAUUAUUCAGAUCGAUCUGGCGCCCGAGGAAUUCCACCAAAAUGUGCCCACAGAGGUGGCAAUGCUUGGCGAUAUCGGCGAGACGAUUUUCCAGAUGCUCGACCAAUUGAGCACUUCGUGGAAAUUCUGUCCGAACAGCGAUUGGUGGAAGGCGCUCAAGGCGAACUCGGAGAAGAAUCGAAAAAUCGUCGAGGGAAUGGCGAACGAUCACACGACUCCGCUCAACUAUUAUGCUGCUUAUCAUCCGAUCCGGGAAUUCCUUCGACAGAAUGACGUCAUUGUGAUCAAUGAGGGAGCGAACACGAUGGAUAUUGGACGAACCAUGAUGCCGAACGCGUUGCCAAAGCGACGCCUUGAUGCUGGGACGUUUGGAACAAUGGGUGUUGGACAGGGAUACGCAUUGGCGGCCGCUUUGUGGGCAAGAGAUCAUUCGCCGAAGACAAAGGUACUGGUAGUGCAAGGCGAUAGCGCGUUUGGCUUCAGCGGAAUGGAGUUGGAAACGAUUGCGAGAUAUCGAUUGCCCGUGGUGACGAUUAUCUUGAACAAUUCGGGAAUCUAUCGUGGACUCUCGAAAGAAGAUAUGGACUCAGUUGAUGGAGAUCCGUGUCUACAGUUGCCUGUUCUCUCAUUGAGUGCCGAAUGUCGAUAUGAUAAGAUGUGCGAAUCGUUGGGCGGUGUUGGGUACACGGCUCGAAGCGUUCCCGAAAUUAAACAGACUCUCGAAAAAGCUUACGGUAACACAAGCCAACCCUCACUGAUCAACGUGUUCAUCGCGACGGACAGUGAACGAAAGAAACAAGAGCACAACUGGUUGACAAGAUCGAAAAUG